AUGACAGGCUCAAACAACGCCUCCCCUAUUACCAUUGAAUCCAAGAUUCACCCUGCCACCACCAUUACCAACAUCAAAACCGUUAUACCCAUUACCCUUGAAAUCGAGUCCGGCCAAUACAACUCUUGGGCAACCCUUUUCAAACUUCACUAUAAAGCCUGCCUUGUCUAUGAUCAUAUCAAAAACAAACCGGAAACCACUUCUUCUUCCACCGAAACCACCAAACAGUCGAACGAUUGGGAGUGGCUGGAUGCCAUUGUCCUACAAUGGAUAUACAACACGAUCUCAAACGAUCUCUUACACACCAUCAUUAACAAAACUGCCACUACAUACGACGCCUGGGUUGCCAUCGAAAAUCUUUUUCAUGAUAACAAGAGCGCUCGUGCGAUUCAUCUCAUGCACAAAUUUUCAAACACCAGGCUUGACGGCUUCCCGAACGUGUCCGCCUACUGCCAAGAACUCAAAGUCUUGGCCGAUCAACUUGCCAACGUUAAUGCUCCUGUGGACAGUGAUCGCCUUGUGCUUCAGUUAAUUGCUGGUUUGAAUGAAGAAUAUGAUGGUAUCGCCACCAUCUUACAACAACAGGACCCAUUGCCGUCUUUCUACACUGCUCGCUCCAAAAUCAUUCAAGUCGAAAGACGUAAAGCCGAACAAGCUUUACAUGCUUCCAAAGCGGCUGGUUCGGCUCUCACCGCCACCACACAGUGUGCGACAUCAUCUGACAUGAACCUGCAAGAUGACCGGACCGGCGGCAGGGGUCGCGGUCGGUCGGGCAGACGUGGCAGGGGACGCGACGCAUACGGUAGAGGCCGCUCAGCUAACUACUGGCCAAAUCAGUUCUACAACCCUUGGCCCAAUCCACCCUACGACCCAUAUCCAUCAUUCGGCCCAUCUCCACAAGCCUACUAG